CUGCUUGUGCAUUGGCUACGUGGGUGGUGAACGUAUUUUGGCGAUACGCUUACUUACGUCUCUUAUCAUAUUCGAGAUAUAUCGAAAAAGGUUGUGUUUGAGGCUGUAACAUUUGUUUAGGGACAAUGGCGACUUUAGAGGACAGUCUGAAGACAAUCGUGAGAACCUUCAGGCGAGAAUGCCACCGGGUUCUUGAGUCAGAGAGGACUACCAUCCACGGGGCAGAUGGAAUGUUGCUGGUUCUACAGCUGGCCAUUGCAGAGGUCAAUAAACAGGAGAGUGGAGAGUUCAGUGUUGCCCUGAGCGAUGUCCUGAUGGCCUGGAAACACUUACUAUUAGACAAACUUCACCUGCCCCUUGACAAUGACUCUUCCCGACCAGAGAAUUAUGACAUCAUAAGGAAAGAAUACGACUCCUUUCUGAAGCGCACCAACACUAUGGACCUGAUUGAUAUCCACUCUAUGUACAAACAGCUGAGGGUUGAUCUGGACCCUGAGGAGCCUCUGAGCUCAGUCCAGCUGUGUCAGUUUCUGUCCAGUAACAUGGAGACCGAUGAGGUGAGGGAUUCCCUGUCCCAUGUCCCCUUGACUCCAUCAAGCAAGUCAAAGCCAUGCAGCACACAGGUAGGAAAGGUGGUGAGGAUGGUCUUCUGCUCCUAUCUGGAUCAGCUGGUCAACUCCAAGAACGACAUGGCCCUAGCGCACACCCUUGACACCCCUAGCAGAUCGCUCGGACGUAUAGCUUUUACUGACCUGAAGCGUGAAGCACGGAGCAAGAACAUGUCACUCUUCUUGGCGGUGACAUCAUUUGUGAGAGCGGUCCAGCUGGGAGGAAAGGGCUAUGCCCCUGCUGAGUCUGACCCCCUGAGGAAACAUGUUAAAGGCCUGUCAGACUUUGUCCAUUUCACAGACAACCUGGAGGAGAUAUUGGGAGACAACCCUGACCCAAGUAUUGCUGGUAUUCGUCUGGUGACCAGUAUCAGGGCAGCUCUGUUGAAGGGGCGGGCCAGUGGAGACGUUGUGUACGCUGCAGCUGACGAGACUGCCAAGGACCUCAAAGAGCGGAUCGCUGAGAUACAUCUGUCCCACAGACUGCAGUCGGCUAGUGGGACAGGGAUCAGCCCAGCCAGGCCUAGAUACCAUGCUAUUAACCACGCCACUGCUUAUGGAGGUCGGGAGACUGUGAAGGUCCUGAUAGCGUUGCUGGAUGAAGAUGCUUUGGCACCGCCCUGCAGGAACAAGGCAGUCUUACUCUCUACGGAUCAGGCUGUCCUCAGUGGGGAGGAGGGGGCCUGCAUGCUCACACUGUUCCGAUCCCCUGAGGUUCCCACUGGCUCCUCUCCAAAACCCCUGCAGCACCGUGUCCAGGAGCGACAAGAUCAACUCAAACCCAAGGACAGAGAGCGAACCAUCCGAUCUCAGUUUGCCUGCACGUACCAGGACGACUCCGAGCUGCCCCUCAACCGUGUGCUAGACUUCCCCAGCACCAUCCAGGUCCCCACCUGUGUGCACCCGGCUCCUAAGCGGACCCUCACUACUGUGGACUCCACCUCUGCUGUCAAGGAGCUGGGCAGAGUGGAGGUUUACCCAGAGGCUGGGAGGAAAGAGGCCCAGCGAGGAGGCACGACCCGGGGGGUUGCCGCAGCGCUGGGGCCCAGGAGUGGAAAUGAUGCCCCGAGCAGCAGAGUAGGCGUGGGCGGUCGGAAGACCAGUAUCCAGACAGAAGGAAGCAGCAAGGCCAGUAAACGGAAGCUGGUGGAUGGUAGCGAACACUGUGUGUCAGAGAACCAGCCCCCUCUGAAGAAACUCCCCACCAGAUUGACAGGGAAGAAUGGUGGGGCUAAAGCCCCCAGUAAGAAGAAACUGAUUGCAGGACAGGGCAAGCUCACCAGCUUCUUCAGAUUGUGAACUACUCAUUGUCGUGAUGAUGUAGAAGGCAGUACUAGUAAUGUCGCUUUAUUUAAUCAAUGGUCUGUCUGUCUUUGAAGCUGAAUGUUCCGGAAUCAAUUGCACUUGUUUUCCCGCAGUGGCGCUUGGCCUGAUUUCAGAAGCUUUAUUGUACUUUUAUUUAUUUUUUGCCUCUGUGCUUUCCAACAAUUGUCAGACAUCAUUUUGAAAGAAAGAUCACCAGCUGUGGUGUGUCUGGGAGAGUGUGAUGCAGAAGAGCUGUUGAGGCAAUGUGGAAAGUCUGAGAGUGGUUGAAACCCAAGCAGGUCUGUUUGAUGGCUGAUCUGCGGAGGCUUGGCCUGCAGUUUAUCUCCCUCUAAGACAAAAGGCCCACCGCCAGACACUUCUCCUCUCUGACAUGCAUCUUCACUACUACUAUAAUAAAUUCUAUACUGUUUCUUA